CCGGAGCUCGGAGGGGGCGGGGCCAGGGGCGGCGCAGGUCACGUGGGCGUAUAAAAGCGCCCCCCCCCCCGGCCGUUUCCCCCUCCCCCGCCAGGUAAUUUGAGGAGCGGGGAAAGCCGGCGGAGGGGGGGGGGGGAUUCCUGAUGAUAAUAAUAUUGGCAGGCUUAAUAAUUUGGUGGGGGUGAGGGCUGAAAAUAAAGUGGGGGGGGCGCCUGAGGGCACCUAGAAAAUGGGGGCUUGUGGCAGGUGAAUAAAAAGGUGGGGUUGAUAAGGGCGAAACUGGGGAGGGGGCUGUAAUAGGGGGACCCCAAAGGCCCUCUAGUCCAGCCCCCCGGCAAAGCAUGAAAGAAGGGUAUCCUGAGGAGAAUUUGGGGCGUGGGGGGGAGCUGGUAAAAUUGGAGGGGAGGGGCUGCCCUGAGGAGAAUUAUGGGAGAUCAUCCUCCUAGUGGGGGGCAGGGGGGGCUGCAACUGAGGACCAGGGAGGGGGCUUCCUGAGAGGAAUAUUUUGGGGUUGGGGUGUCUUUGGUCCUUUUGUGGGGAGAUGCCCUUGGAGAGUUAAUAUGGGGAUAUUUGGUGGGGGGAGGGGAGAUGUCCUGAGGAUCUGGACACAUAUAUAUAUAUAGAGGUCAUUACAGGACAAAGAAACAAACUGCCAAGUGAUGGGGGGGGCUAGGGUUACUUGCACUUUGACAUGCUUUUGAACUGCUCGCUUGGCAGGAGCAGGGACCGAGCAACGGGAGCUCACCCCGUCAUGGGGAUUCGAACCGCCGACCUUCUGAUCGGCAAGCCCUGGGCUCUGUGGUUUAACCCACAGCGCCUAUUGUGGCAACAGUAGGAUUCAAGGAUUCUCUCCCAUGUCAGACCUCUUCAGAUGAAAUUCAACAACUUAGGCCCAGACCUUUAUUUUGUAUUGCAAAACUUACAAAGAAUAAUAAGAAUAAGCUCUAAGUGGUUUGCAAAAAAAAUUGAAAUGAUCAAUAAAGCACGGUUCCAAACAACUAAAACCUUUCAAAAGGUAAUUAACACUAGCAGCAAGAGAUUAAAGCACACUUUGUCAGCAUUAUCUUGCAUUACCUGACAUUACAUAUUUUACAUUAUCUUGUCAGUUUAUCUUACAGUUUAUCUCUAUUGUAAGGUUAAUGGCAAGAUAAGGACCGCUCAGAAUGCCUAAUGUUAAUUAUUUUUAAAUUUUUAUUUCCACAUUUAUGUACACCACUUCAUUAUGACAGAGCCCCAAAGCGGUUCACAAAAAGAAAAAUUAGAUUAUCAAUAAAAGCAGUUAAAAACAGGUGUUCUUAAAACAUUUCAAAGGUGAUUGAAAUCAACAGUAGCACUAAAAUCAAGGAUGCAUGUAACUCCUACAUGUCUGGAGAGGCUGGCCUAAACAAAAAAUAUUUUAAGCAGGUUCAAAAAAGAGUGCAGUGGAGUUGCCUGCCUGAGGUCAACAGGCAGGGAGUUCCAAAGUGCAGGUUCCACCAUGCUAAAAUUGUUGCCUUCCUACAGCUGUGGCAGGAGUUUUAUUUGGCACUUGUAACCAUGUUAUGAGUCUGUUCUGAGUAUAAGCCGCCCAGAGUGGGUGGGGCAUAUUUUUAUUACUACUACUACAACUACUAUUAUUAUUAUUGGAAUUUGUUGGAUACCACCUCUGGAAAAUGGUAUCCAACCAGCUGCACAAAUAUAAGCCUGGGGACACCUGGCUUGCCAGUAGUAGAUGUGAAAAGGAUUUAGGGGUCUUAGUAGACCACAAGCUGAACAUGAAUCAACAGUGUGAUGCAGCAGGGAAAAAAGUGAAUGCUAUUCUAGGCUGCAGCACCAGAAGUCUUGUGUCCUGAUGAAGGGAAGUCAUAAUCCUGCUCUGUUCUGCAGGUCAGAUCACACCCCUGGAGUCCUGUGUCCAGUUCUGGACGCCACAAUUUAAGAAGCAAAAAUGGUGAUUGGUAUUUGUGUGCGUGUAAGGGCUCUGUUCUAAAGGUAAUAAUAGGUUGGCUAGGACCCGGGAGACCUGGCUUUGGAUCCACACUCAGCCAUGAAGCUCUCCAGCUGCCCUUGAGCCAGUCACUGCUUCUCAGCUGAAUCUGCCUCACCGGGUUCUUGUGAGGAUAAAACGGGGGCCAGGACAGAACCAUGCACAGCUUACAUACAGGGUCACGUUUAAGGUGCUGGUUUUGACCUUUAAAGCCCUAUGCGGCCUAGGACCCUCGUACCUACAGGACCACCUCUUCCGGUAUGCCCUGCGGAGACCUUAAAGUCCACAAAUAACAGCACUGGAGGUCCCAAGUCGCAAGGUGGUUAGAUUGGUCUCAACUAGGGCCUUUUCAGUACUGGCCCCGACUUGGUGGAACGCUCUGUCACAAGAGACCAGGGCCCUGAGGGACUUGACAUCUUUCCGCAGGGCCUGCAAGACAGAGCUGUUCCACCUGGCCUUUGGUAUGGACUCAGUCUGACCCUUAAGUUUCCCUUCCCUUAGGGUUUUGAUCUAUGGGCUAAUUUUAAAAUGAGGCUGCAUUUUAAAUUGUAUUUUAACCCGUAUUUUAAUAAACUGGUUUUUUGUUUGUUUGUUUGUUUGUUCUCUCCCCCCCCUCCCAUUAUGUUUUAUUGAAAUUUUAUUGGUGUUAGCCACCCUGAGCCCGGCUGUGGUUGGGGAGGGUGGGGUAUAAAUAAAAAUGUAUUAUUAUUAUUAUAAGAAAGAAAGAAAUUGUCUAGGGUUUAUUGUAAAGUCCACCGUAGAGACUGCAAACAUUGCCGUAUAAAACCUUUGAAACCGUCUUUUGCACCUCAGGUUGUUCAAGGCUACUGAGCCAACGUGGGAGAGACUGCAGGGCUCUGCAACGAAAUGUCGGGCGUCAUCACAGCCUUCUUUCACCUUCUUGCCCUCUGGGGGACGAUCCGGUCACUCAACAACACACAGGGUCUUCUGGACUGUGUACCAAGAAAAACGGUGGUGUACCACUGUGGGUGUCCCACAACAAUUGUUAAUGAAAAGGGUGCUGAGGCAGUCUGUAGGACUCUGUCAGCCUUUGCCAACCUGGUGCCCUCCAGAGGUUUUGGACUAAAACUCCCAUCAAUUGGAGGGCACCAGCUGACAAAGUCAGGGCUAGGGAGAUCUGAUACAACAGGGCAACUUCUUGUUUUCUUAGAAGGGAUCAUUUUCAUUAUUGUUAUAGCUGGGGUAACAGUGCAUAUUAGAAACUAAUAAAAUGUAGUAUUCAGAUAAUAUUUGUAUAUGAAGGGAAAAUACAAGCUUCAGAAUUGUGCCAGGCAAAGAAUUAAUGGGUUAGUUUAUGCAAACCAACCUGGCCAGGCUAGCUAAGGCUAGCUGUUAAGGAACAAUGGGGAACCAAGUACUGAGCUAUUAAGAAUUGUCUGCUCACCCAGGAGUGGUCGGAACUGGCAGGUUGCCAAGGUGGCGGUGGGUGUGAUGUAACAGGAAAAUUUGUACUUUUUGAAAUCUAAAUGUUUGCUGGAGGUGGAGUGUAGGAGGGACAAGCUCCUCCUGAGGUGAGAACGCUGUAAGGGCACAUGAGAUUGGGUCCACAAAAGGCUGGAGGCCACAUAGGGUAUUGCCCCUCUGUAUUCUAAAGCUAACUUAUUUACAUCAGGUUGAAUCCGGAGACUUGCAUUUGUUGAACUUGGGCCCCACCAAAAUCAAUGUGAACAUUUAAGCACAGCAGAACCUGAGUCCCGUGCAUUUCCAUGAGAAACUUGGGGCAGCUGACGUAGUCUGGAUUCAACCCAUCACCUGUAGACCAAUUUACCACUGGCAGGGAACAAAACAGAAAAGCAAAGGCUUGGAUCUUUGUUCCACACGGAGUAGACCCACCAAAAGAAAGCAAUGCAAGAGAAACUAUAAGUAAAUCUCUCUGUUUUGCAGCAGAUAGAAUUAUUAUAUGAUAUAUAAUUAUAUAAUUCUACAUCAGAUCAUUAUGAUUAUAGUGACAGUAAUGUUCGCUAAUUUUUAAUGCUAUUACUAUAAGCCAUUUUGAGCUCAGCGUUGCUGGGAAAGUGGAAUGCAGAUACCCAGAUAGUUGUUUUCAAGUCAUCUUUAGGCCUUGUCUUCUCUCUCCCAUUUAUAUUCCAUUUAAAUUUCAUUGUACACAGGUUGUACAUUGACAAUAAAGGCAUUAUUAUUAUUAUUAUAGCUGAGAAUUUUAACGUUUUUUGGAAACAAGGACUAUCCCAUUUUUCCACCCUCUUCCUGAGUGACGAAACCAACAUUUUGUAUGUGGGAGCCAAAGGCUAUAUCCUUGCUUUGGACUUGAGUGAUAUCUCUAAAGAAAUAACCAGGGUAUGUAAUAUUAAUUUAUUAUUAUUUCAUUGUUUAAAAUAUUCACACGUGUGUCUUUCAGGAGACUUUUUGCAAAGAAACCAAAUUGUCAGAUUAUGUCUAGUCCCUUGUUUUCUUUUACUUUUUUAAAAAAGCCUAACUUAAAAGCUUUUUAUGUCAGGGCUGGGAGGUGGAAAAUAGGAACCUGCCUUGCCCCGGGUGAGAUGACUUGUCCAUUUAGUGCAGCAUUGUCUACUCUGACUGGCAGUGGCUCUCCAGACUGAGAGAAGGUCUUUCCUAAUAACCUGAUAUCCUUUUACCUGGGGAUGACGGGGAACCUUCUGCCUUUGUGGCAUGUGAGUGAGCCCCCUUGCAAGGCAAGCCGCUGAAAGAGCAUCUGUGGGUGGGCGAAUAUGCCCUAAAAACAUAACAAAAAAAGCUUCACAGCUCUGGGAAAAACUGGAAAAAAAAGCUCAACAACUUUGCCCCAAAAGUAAGCCUAGUAUUUCCACUUCCAGCCCAGGAAGUGUUCAGCUAAAAGCAGUGGUGACUAUAAAGUAGAAAAUGGAAUUGGUCUGCAGUCUCCGUUCACUCAUCUUCAUGUUUCAUUUGCUUUUGGGUUCCUAGGAGGCCUGGUUUGCCCCAGAGAACAGGAAGUUUGAGUGCCUUCGACGAGGAAAGAGUAAAGUAGGUCUUGGCCGUGGUGCUUCUGGGUCACUUUAGCAAUGUGGGUCUCUGUCCAGGGACAGAGUGCAAUCCACGGACUCCAAUUGCCCUCCCUGGAGACGGUAACUCUCCGGAGGCAGAUUUGGGACCUCUGGCUGCAAAUCUCUUAAGACCCUCACCAGGUUUAGGAAGCUGCCUUAUACACUAAGUCAAACCUUUGGUCCAUCUAACCCAGACUGGUGACUGGGAGCAGCCACAUAACACCAGUCCUAAAGGAACUACACUGGCUUCCGGUACAUUUCCUAGCAAAAUCCAAAAUGUUGGUGCUGACCUAUAAAGCCCUAAAUGGCCUUGGCCCAUAGACCUGAAGGAGCGAGGGCCUUCUGGUGGUUCCCUCACGUCAAAAAGUGAGGUUACAGGGAGCCAGGUAGAGGAUAGCAAGAUGGGACACCCUCCCAUCAGAUGUCAAGGAAAUAAACAGCCAUAAGACUUUCCCAAGAUAUCUGAAGGGAUAUCAGUAAGUUUUUAAUGUUUGAUAUUUUGCUGUGUUUUGAUUCUGUUGGAAGCUGUCCAGUCAGAUGGCUGGGGUACAAGUAAUAAAUUAUUAUUAUUAUUAUUAUUAUUAUUAUUAUUAUUAUUACCAUCAUCACCACCACCACCAUCUACCCUGACGGGCAGCGCUGUCCAAGGCAUCUCUCUCAGUGAGUUGCUGAGUCUUUGAAUGAAUGAACAAAUCCCUGCUAUCUUCAGUAUUGUAAGUCAGGUGACUUUUGAGUCUAGACUUGGCUGCUUAACUCCAGUAGCAGAAUAGCUUUCAGAGCUACGUGUGCUUUUGAUCUGUUUCCCCCUUCCCCCCACUGUUUCAUUUUGUGUGUGUGUGUGUUGUUGUUUUUUAAAAGGCAGAUUGCCAGAAUUACAUCCUCAUUCUGCAUAAGAUAAAUGCCACCAGCUUAUAUGUUUGCGGAACCAAUGCGUUUUAUCCUGCUUGUCGUUACAUGGUAAGUUUGCAAAAUACCUAUAAGUAUCGUGCCCUAGUGUCAGGGACUGGGCAGAUGCAGAGGAGUGAUGGAGACCACCUCCCCAGGAGCCUUCCAGAGAGGAGGAAGGGGCAGAUAGUGUAGAUCUACAGGACUGGUUCGACACAGGGCACACCCAAGAGGAAGAACAAGAGGGAAGAAGUUGGGAAAUAAUGGGAGAUGAGAAUCUAGGUAGCAUUGAGCAGGCAGAGCCCGAGCAGCAGCUGACUGACACGCUGUCACUGGGGAGACUCCCAGAACCCAUUCCCUCCCCACAAACCAGGCGUUCACUGAGAAUAGCAGAGCAGAGGGAUUGAAGGCAGGCGGCCCUGAACAGCAACUGUAUGAGAGGGGAGGAGUCUGAUGAACAGGGAGGUACGAAGAAGGGGUGUGUAGUGUGUGGAGCUUCACUCAGAGCAACAUUAGAUACUGAAAGGUGCUUGGUUGCCUUGCCUUGGCAUCUGGAAUAAUAGUAAAAAGAACUAAAAAGCCUGUGUUUUCUCUGCCUUUCUGCUUUCCUGGGCAGUCAGCCAGGAGCUGUCAACAGCACCCUGACACCUCCCCUUUCUCAUAUAGUGUAGUUGGGGGAGGGCCAUAGCGCAGAGGGGGAGCAACGGCCUUGAAUGUAGAAGGUCCCCAGGUUCAAGUCGCCAGUGGCACCUGCAGCUGGAGCUGGGAGAGUUUCCUGUCUGAAACCCUGGAUAGCUGCUACCAGUCUGUGCGGGCGAUACUAGGCCAGUUGGACCACUUGCCUCAGUAAAAAGCAGCGUCCUCCGUUGGUUAGCGCAUGGUGCUAAUGAUGCCAAGGUCAUGGGUUCAAUCCCCUUAUGGUCCAAGAGGUCUUCAGUUCCUGCUUUGCAGGGGUUUGGACUAGAUGAUCCUUGGGGUCCCUUCCAACUCUACAAUUCUAUGAUUCUAUGUUCCAUGAUCUGUGAGUUCUGUUCCCCUUAAAAGCAUUGUUUAUUUGUUUAUGUUGCUUUAAAGCAUAUAUGUCUACUUCAGAGUAACUUCUCUUAGGUUUUAACUCUAAAAAAGUGCGCAGGCAGCUCUGGCAGCUAAAACCCUGUUCUUUGAGCAAAGCUUUCAGUAGCAGAAGUGCUUGAUGUUUUAUUGUGUUUUUAUAUUUUGCUGGUAGCUGCCCUGAGUGGCUGGGGCAACCCAGGAGAGUCCUGAUGGUUGAACAGAGAGGCCUGCAUCUAUUGGCCCUCCCCUUCUCACCUCUUGCCCCUUCCAUCCCUGCCAUGUGGCCCCCUGAGGGAAUGUGGGCCUCACCUUGGCUGCUGUCUCUAAACAGAAAAGCUCCGCUCAUUUGGUUUUGCUUGGUUUGCAAAUAGGUCAUGGACAAUAGGAAGCUAAAGCUGCUGUCCAAGGUGGUAGAAAGCCGGGGAAGAUGCCCCUUUGAGCCGAGGACACGAUACACGUCUCUGGUGGUUGGUGAGUUUUCUCAUUGUCACAACACCAUCAGGAAGGAGCUGAGAUCUUUCCCACUUAGUCAUGGCUGCCGAGUGCUAAUUGUUCCAAUUAGGUGUUUGGGGAUAUUUUGGCUCUGUUGUGUCCUUUCAGGCCUUGAACAAAAGACUGGCUUGAAAAGGGCAAUCAGAAAGCCGAUUUAUUUUUAUUUUGUUACACACAGCCCAGUCUGUCUGCUUGCAUAAAGCCAGCCUCCCCGCCCCCGCCCCCCCCUGGACUUUCCCCAAAGUUAGUCAUGUCCAUCCAUUUCAAUGGCUCUGCCCUGAGUAGGGCUAACACUGGAUACAGUUCUGAGAUGCUAACAGCAUUUUUCCAGCUCCACCCACCUUUAAUCCUUCCGUCUUGGGUGCUUAAUAUUUUGAAUGAUUCUGGGUCAUGAUUGUAGCCAGGAUUUAUGUUAGAUGGGGGCCAGGACACCCACCUGUCAUCAUCCUCUGUCUGGCUCUGUCUAGCAGAUUUGGAAUGAAAUGUCUUCUUUUGACCCCAAGCACUCAGAAAAAUCUGUCAAAACAUUUGGCUGGAAACCCAGCCAGAUGGGCGGGGUAUAAAUAAUAACAUUAUUAUUAAAUUAUAAUUUCAAAUAUUCUGGUUAUUUAUACUUUUAGUUAAGUAUUUUUAUUUAUUUACUUGUUUGGGGGGGCAGCUGCCUCCAGGCUACGCCCAUGUACUCGCUUGCCCUGCUUCUGAAUAUAGCCAUCAGCCUGUCAUGCACACACAAAAUACUUGCCUGUUCUCUGUAAUUAGUGCCAGAGAUUUAUAAAAAGCCUGUCUCUUUAUUCUCCUGCCCAGACGGUGCACUUUAUUCCGCCACUUCAAACAACUUCUUGGGUUCGGAGCCAAUUAUACUACGGAGUUUGAGGAAUCCUUUAAGGACGGAAUUUAAAGCGUCAUGGCUUAACGGUAAGUCUCUUUUUUUAAAAAAAGGUAUGUCACUUUAACCCCUACGCCAGGCAAAUGUCGCCAAUUAAUGGAGCUUGGAGGUGCAGUGCUUAUUUCGAUCUCGUGACAGCAUCUGCCUGCCUCUGCCUCUUGUCAUGUACUGGGCCCUUUGCACAUGCAAUUAAAUCUGCCAUUGUUGGAAAACACACACCCUGCCUCGACGUCUUCUGGCGAGAAAGCGGCGCAGCAGCCAAACGCUACGUGCACAGCUUUUCUUUACAUGGUAGCUUAAAAAACAUGUUUUCAUUAAAACACCAAACAGAUUUUGUUAAAGGGAGAUCUUUAAAAAACAAAACAAACCAUCAAACCAGGCUAGUGCUGGAGGGGAUUUUUAAAGUAGCCCAAGUCCAUGUUUUAAAAUACAGUAUCCCAGUCCUUAGAUUGAAAGAGAUCCAGGGAACUGGUGCACAGGUUUGGUUCAGGAAAGAUUUGGGUUGGGGGUGAGUAAAAACGUGUUGUUACUGUGUCCUCCACAGUCGGCUGACAAUUUGCUUAUGCCCCAUUACUGUGCAUGUGGUGCAUACACUGUUAACCCUGCAGAUAGGGCCGAGGUGACAGCAGCAAUUGGUGCAAUGGCUAUUGAGGUCACAAAGGCACACUAGAGCAAAUGGAAGUCAAUUUGGGCUGGCUCCUUUGCGUGUUGCCUAAGCCACAGCCAUCGCCUCCCCACGCACCUAGCCAGCUUCUUCCCAGCUGCACCUCUCACAAAGCAGUUGGGCAAGGACAGGCACUUGUAAAUGCACCGAGCAUUUCUAUAAAAGCUAAGGCUCUCCGUAUUAUCUUGACCCUGGUUCCUUCCUAAUUUCAUUUCCCUUCGGCCUCAUUCUCCGUCUUCUCGUAGAAUCAUGGAAUCCUGGAGUUGGGACCCUGAGGGCCAUCUAGUCCAACCCCCUGCAAUGCUUAAGGACCACCUCUCCCCAUAUGAACUGACCCUGAUCCUGUGUUCAACCUCUGAGGCCCUUCUUCAUGUUCCUCCUCCAUGAGAGAUCCAGAGGGCAGCCGCAUGAGAAUGGGUCUUUUCGGCAGUGGCUCCCCAUCUGUGGAGUGCUCUCCCCAGGAAGACUCACUUUGUGCCUUCAUUACAUAUCUUUAAGAUUUCUCUAUAACCAGGUCUUUGGCUGAUUAACAUUCUAUGGUCUUUUCAAUGUGUUUGUGGGAGGGGGAAUUAUGAGUUUGUUUUUGUUUUAUUGUGUAUUUUGUGUUCUCAUUUUGCAUUUUAUGUUGUGAAGCACCCUAUGAACUUUUAAAAAGGAUGAAAUAUACAAACUUAAUAACUAAAUAAAUAAAUACCGCAAAUGGCUUUGCCUUCCGUGGAACCACCUAUAGAUGCUAUCACAGCCUCUCAGCCGAUUAGCUUUGCAGGCUUCCCUGCUGCAAAUAAGCAAGCUACAAUAUGGAUGACCUUUCAUGUCUCAACAAUAAGCGCCAUCUUUCAGCUUAUUAAAUUUUGUUAUUAAAUUUUUAACUUGCAAUCAAGUUCCUCCCAAGGGGGCUCCGCCACCGAUGUUUUUGCAAUUUGUAAACGUGCUCCCCGUGAUUAAGCGCUUCCAAAUCAGAUAAUUAAUCCAUAAAUAAAGUUCUUUAAUCUGUUGACAGGCCUAUUUUCACCCAUUUUCCUUGCCAUCAGAAAGGCUUUAUUCGCUCUGCCUUGUCGCAACAGAAAGGAGAUGCAAGGCAAUUUAAUUAAUUUCUAUAAAUGGCCCCUUUAUUUAAAUGAGGGCAAGAAUGUUCUCAUUUAGCCUGAGUGAUAACAAACUGUCCUUUCUGUGAAGGAGUAAUCUAGGUUUCUUUGUACCGCUGGAUGCCUGAUGUUAAUCUAUGCUGAUUUUUGCUGUUUGCGAGUUUCAACACAGAAGGGGAGAGAGACCCAAGCAAGGAUGCACAAAACACUUGAAAUUUUAAAAUAAGGGAACUCACCUCCCUGCUUUUAUUCAGUUUCAGGGCCUCUUGAAAAUCAUUGGGCGAUUAUGUUUCCCUUUUUUCUUCUUGAUGACUGCUGCGUGCUGUUUUAUUGUUAUUUUAUUGCGCUUUAUUGCCUUUCUGUACACUGCCCUGGGAGUCUUGCACUGAGUGUCGGAACGUCUAGAGGAGGGAUCUUUCAAGCGCCUGAUGAAGUGUGUUCCGUUCCGCAAGAUAUUGGGAAUGCAAGAAGAGCUGGACCUGAUCCAACAGACUCUUCUUAUGUUCACAUGGUCCAUUUAGGAAAAGGGCGCUGCCCCACCAACCUCAGUCUGCCCUCACUUGUCCCCCACCUGCCUGCCUUGUUUCUUGUUUUUUUUUUGUUCAGUCAUUUAGUCAUGUCCGACUCUUCGUGACCCCGUGGACCAGAGCACGCCAGGCACUCCUGUCUUCCACUACCUCCCGCAGUUUGGUCAAACUUAUGCUAGUAGCUUCGAGAACACUGUCCAACCAUCUUGCCUUCUGUCAUCCCCUUCUCCUUGUGCCCUCCAUCUUUCCCAACAUCAGGGUCUUUUCCAGGGAGUCUUACCAGUCUACUGUUGGCCUCCCUGCCUUUCACCCUACCCAUCCCCAUGGGCGCCAGGUGCCCCAACGGGAAGCCCACAAGCAAGACGGACACACAAGAGCAACUCUCCCCUCCUGAGGUUUCCCUUGCCUGCCUCUGACAGUGGCGGAAGGGCAGAGCCAUCAUGACUGGUAGCCAUGGAUAGACUUCACUUCCUCAUCCUCUUUUGAAACCAUCUAGGUUGGUGGCUAUCACUACUGAUUAGGGCUGGGUGAUACCUGGUUUUCAACAUCGCAGUGUAUCACCAGCUAAACAUUGCAAUAUACAUCAGAAUGUCUGAAAUAGGGAUGGAGCUGGUUUUCAGCUUUGUGAUAUAUCAGCAGCUAAACAUCACAAUAUGCUGAUAUAUCACAAUGUCUGAAAUAAGAAUGGAGUUAUGUAGAGGCAUUGGCUGGCUUCACUGCUUUUCCCACAUUGUGAUUUUUCACACGUGCGCACACACACACACACACACACACACACUAUAUAUAUUGCCAGGUCAAAAAUUAUGAAACCGAUAUCACAAUAUGGACUUCAAACUGGUUUUGGAUGAUAUAUUGAUGCUAUAAAAUCAUUUUUGUUGGGUGCUGCAGAACUCUUCCCCCCUCCCCAUUUUGGUAUCGGAGGGGGUAGAUUCCCUCCUCAAGGAGUCAUGAAGUUUGGAAGCCUGAGUGGCGAGCGUACGGUGCUUCAGCUGGUUAGGAUCCUGCCCCUGACAUUGACCAACAGCCCUGUGUCAUUGACUUCUUCAGAGCCCACCUUCGUUCACAUGGAUCUCGUGCAGGAGAAUGGGGCAGGCUCCGACUUGGACAGAGUUUAUGUCUUCUUCACAGAAGCGGCGGUUGAGUUUGACUUCUACGACAAACUUCUGGUCUCGCGGGUAGCUCAGAUCUGCACAGUGCGUACCUGGACCCCUUGAUUGUCUUACCAGUGCGGGAAAAGGUCCUCCAUCCCUAGGCUAGAACAUGGCACCUUCAGUUCUGUGUGGAAGAGGUGGGAGAAAGAGAAAAGGGGGUGCCAGGAAGAAAAGGGCGGGCCCCAUCCACUUUAGCUCUGACCCUGCCCACUAUUGGCACGAAGCUCCCCCAGCCCUGCCCAGGGAAUGAGGCCCUGAUUCAUGGGAGGGGGAAGAGUUGCUCGCUGCUAUCUUGUGGGGUUAUUUUCCACAGGGUGAUCUCGGUGGGAGGCGCACCCUGAAGAAAAAGUGGACCUCCUUUCUAAAGGCCACCCUAGUCUGCUCAGCUCCUGAAUCAGAUUUUCAGUUCAAUGUCCUCCACGCCGUCUUCAUGAUCAAAACAACCAACUGGCAGGAAAGCAUAUUUUAUGGGAUUUUCACCCAGCAGUGGUAAGAUUUUCUCACAGCCAUAAGAACAUAAGAAGAACGCUCCUAGGCCAGCGUCCUGUCCUCGCUGUGGCCAAACAGUUGCCCCAAAGGGAAGCCCUCAAGCAGGGCCUGAACACAAGAGCCCCCCCCCUCCUGUCGUUUCCAGCACCUGGGAUUUGGAGGCAGAGCCUGGCCAUCAGGGCCAGAACCAAUCAAUAGCCUUCUCCUCCCUGAGUUUCUUUUAAAGCCAUCAAAGUUGGCAGCUGUCACUGGCUCCUGUGGCAGGGAGUUUCAUAGUUUAAAUGUGUGCUGUGUGAAGAAGGACUGUGUUGUAAGAAUUCUAAGGUCUGAAAUAUAGAAUAAAUGUUCAUAAAUGCACAAGGUAAGCACACAUACAUCAGUAAAUAAAUCACAUGUCUGAAAUAGUUCUGGGGGGGAGGGAAUCCUGAUGCCAUCUUGAUUCUUAAUAACCCAAAAUAUUUCCUCUACAGAAGGAAAUAUAUUGGAGAAACCUUUCCCAGUAGUUCUUUUCACUUACGAAUCCUACAAAAUCUGUUUUAAGGGCAUAUUUGUGUAUGAAUAGGGUGGGCCUCUGACCCGGAUUGAAGAACUAAAGUAUUUAACAUCUCAAAAGAAUGGCCAGGCUGCCCAGGUAAUGCAGUCAAAAAAACAUUAUCAGGUAUCCUGGCAGACAGGAGAGAUGACUGCACACUCAAAUUUUUCUUCUGGAACCCCUCUUUCUGUGAUGUAUGUAUGGUGCUUUUAGUUACCGUAUUUUUUGCACCAUAACACUCACUUCCCCCCCCCUAAAAAGUAAGGGGAAAUGUCUGUGCGUGUUAUGGAGGGAAUGCCUACGGGUGGCAUGCCUACGGAUUUUCCUCCUCUAAAAACUAUGUGCGUGUUAUGGUCGGGUGCGUGUUAUAGAGCGAAAAAUACGGUAAGUCUUUGGCUAAGGGGUUAGGCAAUGUCUAAAGUACGUAAAAGUUUCUGCACACUUUGUUCUUGGUCUUUCACAUCCUUGCAAGGAGGGCGGGGUACUCUGUCGCAACAGAAAAAUAAAGAUCUGCCUUGCUUUCUCUGGAUCCUACCUCCAUCCAUUCUUCUCAUGGACUUAGGGGACUCAGAGCCCAUUGGGGAGUUGGGCAGCAAAAGCCAACCUCCAGUUUUUCCUUCAAAAAAGGGUGGGGAACAUGUGAGCAUAAAGCAGAAACCGCAGCCACCAUAGCGAUGUCGCUACACCAGCCUUCUUUGCGUGUUUUCCCUGCAACUCCCAACAGCCCAGAUAAGAGCAUAUGGCAAUGAUGACAGAACUACAUCAGCCAUCCCACAGGAAUGGCAGAAAAAGCCUCACUAAAGGCCCGUUAACAUGGCAGCAACACAAGCUUUUAUUGAGGUCUUGUGAAUAAUUGACAGAUACAACUUAAGGGCGGCCCACAUUUCGGUACCCUGGUUUGACUCAAGGCAGAAGUCUCCUUUGUGAAUAAUUUUCUCCCCACUGCCCCACCCUUUCUGUUUCUGACUUUUUCUUAUGAAGAAGCUUUGUCACCAAAGGAUGAUUGGGAAAAGUGGGCAUCUCAAGAUUGCAAUUAGCACCUGAGAAACAGUGAAUGCAUCAUGCAGACUGUGUGGCCGAGCUGUGCUGUUGUUUCCCCCCCGGCCUGUAGAAUUAUUGUUGCCAAACCUCUGCUGGAGCAAAUGGGAGAGAAGUGCCUGUUUCUGUAAACAGUAAAUUGGUAAAUUAACCAAUUCUUUGUUUAUUCGGGAGGCACUGUAGUUCACUGUGAUGAGCCACCCGCUUUGCAUACAGAAAGUUCCAUCUCUGGCAUCUCCUGUUUGGGGAAAAAAGGUAGGAAAGGGAAAGAUCUUUCUCUGCCUGAGAACUUGGACCAUGCUAGCUGUACAGUCUUUGGCUCGUUGGACAGCCAAGGAUAAGGCAGCUUCAUAGGCUGAGCCCAAAUCCCCCCGCCUUCAGAGAUGGCUGCUUCUUGCAUCUCUGCAUGAUUUGCUUCUUCCACUUCUGAAGAGUGGGAGGGAGUUUUUAUCUUAUUUGUGGGCAUAUUUCUUCAUCAGACAAAUCCUUUGGUUGUUCCAGAAGCAGGGAGGCAUUCUGGAAAGACUUGCUCUGUCACAGAACUGAUUUCCUCUCCAUCUUGUUUCAGGGGGAGAUUGGACAUCUCCGCCAUUUGUGCCUUCAGGAUGGAAGCUGUUCAAGACCUCUUCCAGAAAGGAAACUUCAAAGGCCCCCUUGCCGUUGAGAAUUCAUAUGCAAAAUGGGUGGUGCACAGGGGAGAGGUCCCCACGCCUCGGCCGGGCGCUGUAAGUUGUCCCCCUCCCUUCCCUGGUUGACCAUCUAUGCCCCCAUGUGGUAAGUGUUCAAGUGGAUAUCACUUGUACCAAACAGGUGAACGUCUGAAUAAAAGGAAUACUGUAACCAUCUUCCUUUUUCUAGUGCCUCAACACUUCUGCCAGGCACCAGGAGGGAUACAGCUCUUCCCUUGACUUGCCGGACAGAGUCCUCCAGUUUGCCAGGGACCAUCCCCUGAUGGAUGGCACUGUAAACCCCAUCGGCCACCAGCCAGUGUUGGUCAAAAGAGGCGUGCGAUACACACAUCUUGUGGUAGACCAAACUAGUGGCAUGGAUAAUGCAACGUACGACAUCCUUUUCCUAGGGACAGGUAAGCCAACUUCCUAGACUGGGAAUCGCCAGCAUGGCACAAGCAGGCGCCCGUGUGCCCUCUGCUACCUCCCAUGGAGUCCGCUGAAGGUCUCAGGAAACGCCUCCAAAAUCUGCCAUGCUUGAGAGACUCUUUGCUUUUCCUGCUCAGUCUCUCUCACAUAAAACACUCCCUCUCUAAACAUGCCUUCCUUUUGCUGGGUGCCAAGAUGGGGCGGUCAUCCUCCCAUCUGUUCCAAACAAAGGAGAGGGGCAAAGAACUUCUUUCUUGGAGUGAAGGGGGGGCUGAUGUAGGCAUCCCCCCCCCCCGCAAGGUUGACGGGGCGGCUACCAGGAAGCAGGGGAUGUCCCUAUUUUCAUCAGAGAAAUGUGGGAGGAUAUGGUUAUGCGACCCCUGAGCCGAGGAGAUAAGUAACUAUACAUACCUUUAGAAGACAUCUGAAGGCAGCCCUGUGUAGGGAAAUUAUUAAUGUUUAAUGUUUUAUUAUGGUUUUUUUAUAUAUGUUGGAAGCCACCCAGAGUGGCAGGGGCAAGCAGCGACUUUACCAAGGUCUUUUUGGCUUCUUUAUCAGAUGAAUAAAGUACCUUUUUAGGAGGGCGGGAGUCUUAACCUCACAUUUUUCCUGCUUUUGAGUAAUUUAGACCUUGGUUCCUUCAAAACAGUGGUCCCUUCUCUUCUCUCCACCCCAUUUACUUUAAUUGGGGUUUAAAAGUGUGCUUGAUUUUGUGCAGAUAAGGGCUAUUUGCAUAAAGCUGUCAACCUCCAGGGGGAGAUUUUCAUUGUGGAAGAGUUACAGCUGUUUCCAUCUCCAGAGCCUGUGCAGAUACUCAAGCUGGCUGCACAAAAGGUAGGACACCUGUCCUGAUCCAUCCAUUCUGGUUUCUCUCACUUACUCAUCUUUCCGAAACUUCAGUUCAGCUUUCUACAAUUCUGCAGCAAUUUGCAGUUUAUUAAUUUUCAAGUUUUGAAAAUCCAGUGACAUUUGGGUCUGAAUUUCUCCCCACGUUGACCUUUUUUGUUGCAGUUUCCCCUUUUGCAGAGCAGUUUCCCUCAGCACAAUGGAUUUUUGUAUGUUAGGCAUUUUUAUGUUUAACCUGUCAUGUGUCCGUUUUGUACGUGUUGCCUGGCUGGAGAACUGAAAUGCCAAAACCGGAGAAACUGAAAUUUGAAAGAGUGGCUGCCUUUCAGCUUGGCCUUUAAAUGCCUACAUGGGCUGCGCAGCAUGACACCACACCUUCCUCACCGUUUACCCUUUUCCUUUCACAUCAUUUUAUUCAUUUAGCUAUUGCAUUUGCACCCCACAUUUCCCUCCAAGGGUCACCUGCUUCUCCUGCUCCUCCUCUAAUCCCCACAACAGCCAUGUGAGGUAGGUCAGGCGGGGAGGCAAGGACUGGCCCACUGCCGCCCGGUGAGCUUCUUGACUGAGUGGAGAUUUGAACCAUGGCACCCCAGGUCCUAGCCUGACACGUCUUCUUCUGCCUGCCCUUUUGCAUGCAUCUCUUUCAUGUACAGUUUAGUCCAGUGCAGGAAAGAUGUCUUAGAAUCAGAGUUGGAAGGGGCCACAAGGGUCAUUUGCCCACCCCCCUGCAACAUGUCCAGCCUGGAACCCAUGGCCCUGAGAUUAAGGCUCUCAUGCUCCAUACCAGCUGAGCUACACCGCAGUCUUGUCUGCUUGGUGCUCCCUUUCCAGGGCCUGUUGUAUGCUGGGUCUGCCUCCCGGCUGGUGCAGCUCCCCUUGGCGACCUGCAGCCGGUACAAGUUCUGCCUUGACUGUGUCUUAGCCAGGGAUCCUUACUGUGCCUGGUCACUGCCUCUUGGCGCCUGCAUCCCCGUGGUGAACCAGUCUGGGGGUUUGCGGUGAGUAGCACAACCCCUGCCCUGUGGGAUACAUAAUAAGAAUAGCUAUUAGCAUUUAUGCAGCAUUUGAGAGGGUUUGAAAGCUACGCCGUGCAUUAUUUACCAUUCACUUAACAUCACUGCCUCUCAUUUCACUCUGAGCCCUCUAGGCGACCUCCGUGCCUGUAACUGAAACAAACACACAUUAUUCUUCUGCUUACUUCUACCUCCCUUAGCUCAGUGGCAGAGCAACUGUGUGGCAUGCAGAAGGGCCAGGAUCCACCCCAGCGUCUCUACACAGGGCUGGGGAAAAACCCCAUCUGACACCCUGGAGAGCUACUUCUGGGGCAGAUGGACCCAUGAUCUCUUGGUGUAAGGCACCUUUCUGUGCUUCUGUUUCAAUAAGCUCUUAAGCCAAAGCCAGGAGGACUGGAAUCUUACUCGAACUUUAAGGGUUGGAGCAUGCAGAAUGGCCUCUGCAUCUCCAGGCAAGACCAGUAUUGCCCAAACUCCCAGCUGUUUUUGGACUACAAUGCCAAUCAUCACUGACCACUUGUCCUGCUAGUUAGGGAUGGUGGGAGUUGUAGUCCAACAACAGCUGGAGACCCAAGUUUGGGAAACUCUGGAGACAAUCGUGAGCUAGACGAACCAGCAAUAUGACUUGACACACAGCAGCUUUGUGGUUUUCUGUGGAAAACUUAGCUCUUUGUUCAAGACCAUGAGGACUAGAAUCUUAAAUUUAUCUGUAAAGGAAGGAACAGUGGUCUGACUCAGUAGAAGCUCCCCUCUGUACCCCUGUGAAUCAGAACCUUUCCUCAGAACCAUGAGGACUAGGAUUUUAGUUUAUUUUGAGGGGGAGGACCAUAGUUCAGUGACAUGUCCAGAAGAUCAUGUCCAGAAGAUCUCACGUUCCAUCACCGGCAUCUCCAUAUGGGGCUGGGGAAAAGCUUCUCUGUCUGUUACCAGAGACUGAACUGGGCUGGCACAGUGUGCUUCCCACCUACCAGGCUCCAGCCCUGCCUGUGCGGAGAAUAAACGCUCAAGGUGAGGCUUUGAAACCCACGCACUCAGCGUGCGCCACCGAAGCACAUUGUUCUCUGCUCUCUCUUCACAGGAGAGUCCCUGUUCGCUCCGAGCCCCUCAGCCAUGAUUCUGUGAAUUUCAAGGCCAGGCGAGGGUGCUUUCUGAGAGAAGUGGUUGCGCAACGCCAAAUGCUUUUUCAUGCCUGCAUGAAGUAUUCAUGUUAAUUCGCCUCUUCCUCCCUGCAGGGAUCUGAUUCAGAGUGUCAGGAAUGGUGAUGCCUCCAGGUGCCCUGAAGUGGGUAGGGGAAUGUUUUUUAUAUGUAUAUAUUUAUUAUUAUUAUUAUUGUUGUUGUUAUUAUUUUCUGGAGAUAAUAGGGUCUGUAAGCAAGUGCUCUGCCUGGGUGUAGUUAGCCAGUUCACAAGUGGUGCUCAGGGCCAGAGGUUAAACUGGGUAGGGAAACACAUGUAAAUUUUACCUUUCUAAAGCUGGCGCCAUAAUGAUCCAUAGGAUGCCAAGUUACAGAAGGUAUACUGUGUCCAGAGCAACUGCUCCAUCUGGUGCGCCGGCUGAGAGUCUGUGGUCAGCAAACUUUUUCAGCAGGGGGCUGGUCCACUGUCCCUCAGACCUUGUAGGGGGCUGGACUAUAAUUUUUUGGGGGGAAUGAACAAAUUCCUAUGCCCCACAAAUAACCCAGAGAUGGGCUUUAAAUAAAAGGACACAUUCUACUCAUGUAAAAACAUACUGAUUCCCAGACAGUCCAUGUGCCGGAUUUAGAAGGCGAUUGGGCUGGAUCCAGCCUUAGUUUGCUUACCCAUGCCUGAGACCUACCUGCCUGUGGACUGUCUCGCCAGAGUGGUGCAUGCUGUGGUUAUCCCCCGCUUGGACUGCUACACUGUGCCCUACGUAGGGUUACCUUUGAAGGUGACCCGGAAACUGCAACUAAUCCAGAAUGUGGCUGCCAGAGUGGUGACUGGGAGCGGCCGCCAGGACCAUAUAACUCCAGUCCUAAAGGACCUUCACUGACUCCCAAUGUGUUUCCGAGCAUGAUUAUUGGUGCUGAUCAUUAAAGCCCUAAAUGGCCUCGACCCUGUAUACCUGAAGAAGCGUCUCCACCUCAAUGGUCCAGCUAAAGAAUCAUUAAAGAAAACAAAAGUUCUCAGUUGAUGGAAACCACAGGAGGGUCGAGGUGCUCUACUCUUGCUUGUGGGCUUCUGUUUGGGGCAGCCGCAUGGCUGCUAUGCAGACAGGAGGCUGGACUAGACAAGGCUGGCCUGACCCAGCUGCUGAAGGGCUCUUAUGAUUUCUAAAUGGAUCCUCCAUGGACAGAGCCAGACCACCUUAGAAGAGUGGCGAACAAGAGUGGGAGAAGGCCACUGCUGUCACCUCCUCUCUGUGGGCUUCCCUUUGCGGGAACCUGGUUUUUGCUGUAAACUGCAGGAGGGGAGAGAGGACUCUGGUGCUCGAAUCCUGCUUGCUGGUUUCCCAUUGGGGCAGCAGUUUGGCCACAUGAGAACACAAUGCUGGACAAGAAGGGACACUGGCUGAUCCAACAGAUCCAACCUUCUUAGGCUAAGGAACUGCUACACCCACCCACUUUCAGACGUUGCCCACUUUUUGUGAUCAGGAGAUGUGCUGAAAAGUGUGAGAUAAGCUGUCGAAUGAUGGAAAGACAUAUAACCUCCCCUGCAAAGAAAUAAGGACAAAUGCUGUCUGAAGAACAGACAUCAAUGCAACUUCUGGAUGCUCAAUAAGCAAGUUAUCUGGAGGAGCACCUUCUCUCACACUCAGUCUUAUUAUGACAUUUGUCUCUUCCCCCACCACCACCCAUGACUCAUAAAAUCAGAGAAUUUUAGAGCUGGGUGGGACCCCGAGGGCCAUCUAGUCCAACCCCCUGCGAUGCAGAUGUCAAAUAUACAAUUAAAACAUUCCUGUACUUUUGCAGGGUCUGCAGGAAAAGGGCUGGGAGGUGGAGGCUGCACACCCAAUGGCGAAGGGAGUUCGGGCACCCAUCCAGGCAGCGGGGAGGCUGCCAGGGGUUGAGAUUUCAAAGGUCAUGGGAGUUGGGCAGGGGAGCCACAAAACCAGAGGUGCCUGUCAAUCACAGAGCUUGAGAGACAAGUCAGAUGUGAGCAGCCAGUGUGAAAAGGUCGCUCUUCAGGACAAGGCUGCAGCUAGUGUUUUUAUCUUUUUAUUUUGUGAAAGAAAGAAAGAAAGAAAGAAAGAAAGAAAGAAAGAAAGAAAGAAAGAAAGAAAUCCUCAGGGUAUCGAAGAGAGAAAAAUGCCAACCUGUUGGGCAGCAUGCUAUGGCUUAAAGGGCCCCAAGUAAGCCCAGGAAUCCUCUGACCUUGAUAUGACCCAGCAGUUACCGAUCCCAGCUGAGAAUGCCUGCCAGGCUUCAUUGCAAGGGAUCCUUUGCAGCCUCUGUUUCCAGCCAGCAGCCUGCCCAGAGCUCCAGCCAUGUCAGUGCCAUAGAACCCCCUUGGCAGUGCUGGAUUAAACCCUGUGGAGGCCCCUAGGCAGUCUCCGCCCCCUCUAGUGGGAUAACAGUGAACUAAGAAGGCUUGGUUGCAAUUGGUUGCAAAGUGACCCCUGACCAUUAGGUCCAGUUGUGAUGACUCUGGGUUUGUGGCGUUCAUCUCGCUUUACUGGCCAAGGGAGCCGGCGUACAGCUUCCGGGUCAUGUGGCCAGCAGGACUAAGCCGCUUCUGGCGAACCAGAGCAGCGCAUGGAAACGCCGUUUACCUUCCCACUGGAGCAGUACCUAUUUAUCUACUUGCACUUUGAUGUGCUUUUGAACCGCCGACCUUCUGAUCGGCAAGUCCUAGGCUCUGUGGUUAACCCACAGCGCCACCCGUGUCCCUUUUGCAAACAACUACAUGAUCUUGAAUCCUAGAUUCAUAGAGUUGGGAGGAACCCUGGGGAUCAUCUAGUCCUACCCUCUGCAGUACAGGAAUAUGCAGCUGUCCCUUAUGGGGAUUGAACCUGCAACCUUGGCAUUAUCAGCAUCUCACUCUAACCAACUGAGCUAUCACUUAAGGGCAAAUCAUUACUGUGCCCCCAGAGUCUGAUUUGAACCUAGGACCACUGUUGCUGCCUCUUUGGUUAAUUGCGUGCAUCUCCCUUUGAAUCUGCUGCAUGGCGACUUCUGAUAUUUCCCAGAGGCACUGCAUGAAAGAAUUGUGUUUGGUUUAUAAAAAGCUUGCCUUUGCUCCCACAGGCACAGAUUCCUCCCCCCUUCUUGUGUUAGCAUGAACCCCCUCCUGGCUCUAGAGAAUGGGACUGAAGGCAUGUUCGCCUUUUCCUUUCGCAGCCAUUCUCUUGAAAGCUGCCGCCUUUAAUUUUUAGCCCCGGGCUGAACCCAGGGAAUUCCCGGGGGCUGGGGAGUGAAUGUCAGUGGGACCAGCAACGGCGGCUUGCAGCAGAGAUUGUCGGUGCCGUUGCCGCUGAGCGCAUCUUGUACAAGACGGCAAAUAUUAAAGAGCAGAAAGCGCAUUAAAAUUUCAGGAGCCCCAACCCUCCGUGCAGCACAUGUUAAGCAGUGCUUCCAAAGAUGCGAGGAGGGGGAAGCAGCAAGAAUCUCUUCUCUUUCUCUGAGAGCCACUACGCAAAUGGAAAACUCUUUCCUAUAGGGGUCAAAGGGACAACGCUCACGUUGGCUGUAUCAAUCUCAGGAUCACAAACACACCUAGGCUGCCAUGGCAUGCCAUCGCCAGAACGUCAUUUAUUGCUUUAUAACAUCCAUCUCCCACCCUUCCAUCAGAAACCGGGACCUCAGAGCUGCUAGCUCCCACCCUAAAACCCUCAAGUGCUUGUAAACUAACAAAGCAGCCACAAAUGGCAGGAAAAGAACAUCAGCAGCACAGCCCAAGUCAAAUCAGGUCUAAGAGCACCCUGAUGAAACAGGUGCGAGCAUAGAUUACAUGUGCUUCUGAAUACUAUUGCCCUUAAAAAUAUUUAUUUAUAUCCAGCUCAGCCCGGAGAGCUCAGUUGGUUAGAGUGCGGUGCUGACAACGCCAAGGUUGCAGGUUCAAUCCCCACAUGGGACAGCUUCAUAUUCCAACAUUGCAAGAUCUUGGACUAGAUGAUCCAUGGGGUGCCUUCCAACUCUAUGAUUCUAUGAAAUAUCCACCUAUUUAACAGGUGAUUUACUGACUCAUUUUUGACCUGGGAUAGCUCAGUUGGUAGUACAUGAGACUAUUAAUCUCAGGGUUGUGGGUUCGAUCCACACGAUGUGCAAAAGAUUCCUGCAUUGCAGGAGGUAGGACUAGAUGGCCCUUGUGGUCCCUUCCAGCUCUACAAUGCCAUGAUUCUACAUGUGCAAAAGGGGUGGGGUUAGCCAGCUCUGGGUACUGCUACCAAAAAAACCCUGUCCCACAUUUCCUCCCGCUGCACCUCAGAUGGGGGGGGGGGGCCUGCAACUGUUUACAGGGUCUGUGCUCAAGGGCAUAGAGGGCUCUUUUAAAAACACAAGGACUAGAAGCUUAAAGCUACCUAACGGUGACUGGGAAACUACAACUAGUCUGGAAUGUGGCAGCUAGACUGGUGACUGGGAGUGGCUGUUGGGACCAUAUAACAGCAGUCCUGAAAGACCUACAUUGGCUGCCAGUAUGUUUCCGAGCACAAUUCAAAGUGUUGGUGCUGACCUUCAAAGCCCUAAACAGCCUUGGCCCUCUAUACCAGCCCAGACACAGGUCCAGCUCCGAAGGCCUUCUGGCAAUUCCCCCACUGCGAGAAGUGAGGUUACAGGGAAUCAGGCAGAGGGCCUUCUUGGCGUUGGCACCUGCCCUAUGGAAUGCCCUCCCAUCAGAUGUCAAGGAGAUAAGUAACUAUACAACCUUUUGAAGAUAUCUGAAGGCAGCCCUGUAUAGGGAAGUUUUUAAUGUUUAAUGUUUUAUAUAUGCUGGAAGCCUACCAGAGUGGCUGGGGCAACCAAUCAGGUGGAGUGGGGGUACUACUCCUACUAAAAAUAAGAAGAAGAAGAAGCAAAACAGUGCAAGAGCUGUAGGAGGAGGUUGGCAAGGAGGAGGUGAGUGUAGCAGAAGGGUAACCACCUCUGGCUUCUUUCCUUUCUCAGCUAAGAACGUCAGGAGGCUCCCUGUCCCCCUGGGUAGCAGCCCACAUCUCAGCUGCAGCUCUCUGUCCAACCUGGCCACGUCUGUCUGGACAUUCAAUGGGAGCUGCCUGCAGGACGAAGAGCCCAAAUAUCUCUUCCACGCCAGGGGACUGGUCGUGUUUAACAUGACGGCUUCUGACACCGGCCUUUACGAGUGCCAGUCUGUUGAGACAUCCAACGGAAGAGAAUUCCGCAUCUCCAUGUCCACCUAUUUCCUUUACCUCCAGCAAGAGAGCAGCUUCGCUGUGGCUCCCAAGGGCGAUCCAUCAAAUCGGAAGUGUGCCGUCUCUGCAGCUCCAAAGUCGCAGCCCUUGGCGUCUCUCCAGACGGAGGAUCCGGCAAGGCUGGAGCGACCCCAGAGAGUCCAAGGGCUCUCGUUCACAUUGGUGCUUUGGGGGGCAGCCUUUGCCCUGCUUUUCCUUUCCUUGCUCUCCUGGAACCUUUACGAGGGCCACCUCUCUCUCCCCUGGAAAAGUGUGUGGAGCAGGAGGUCAGAAAUGGUGGAUGCCCUUGGGGCAGCGAGUCCUGAGCCAGAGCCAGAGCAAACAGUCUUGAUUCAGGGAAGCUUGGCCGCCUGUCCCAUCUCCGGCUCGGCCAGCGAAUCAGCCCUGCUGGCAAGCUCACCCCAAGAGGCAUGCAGCGCAAAGGCAAAGCAGACCACCAGCCUCGCCGCGGGCAGGGCGGCCUGCUGUUCUUCAAACUGCCUGGUCAGCAAAGUCCAGCUCACUGAUGAAGAAGGCCUUUCAGCAUGACGGCCUUGGCAGAGGGUCCGCACCACGGAAAUCCCACGAACUGUCCCAUUGUGUGCCCAGGACGCCCAUUUUCAGAGGGUUUGGAAAAUAAAAAUGUAAAGUUUAUGCCAAGCUGCCUUUCUUUAAUGUUAACUCAGCAGCUUGAUUCCCACGUCGUUAGGCUGCCGUUGUGUCCAUUGGGCAAAACUGUG